AUUCUGGGGUGCAUACAACGGCCCGCUGGCGGCACCUGAUGCAGCAAAAUCGUCAUGCAAUCCCUGUCUCGGUCCGCGUGUCGUCGGCCUCGGACCUGGCGUCGCACUGCACCGUCCCACUGCUGUGUGGAUGACCCUUGGGACGGCUCUUGACUGUCCUCGGCGCCCGGGUCUUGUGUUCAGAUUAGGAAGACAUCCUUCAACAUUGCAGAAAACUGGAUAGGUCUACCGUUUUGGCAAAGCACAAGCGAGUGCGGAUGUCCGCAUGGUCUUCAAAGAGAUAGAAGGUCGCCAAUAUGGUGCCUCUUUGUGUAUUAGUUAUCACAGCUUAAGUACUAAUUCCACCGCCUCUCUAGACAAAACCGUGACCUCAUAUAGAUGGAUGAUAAGCGAAUACAUCUACGGUUACGGCUUAGAAAGGCACGGAAUGGGCCAACCAUUAGGGGCUUUCUUGUAUCGUAGAUUUUUGACCGAAAGUUCUGAUGUAGAAUGCUCUGAGAUCUUUCGGCAUGCAAAGGAAAGAAGGGACAGGGCAUUAUCUGUUAUACCACCCCAAUGUGCACACUGCCCGAUCUCCACUGCUCACGUGAAAUUCCACAUCCUUCAAACAGGUUCACAUUCGCCAACGCCAACGGUAUGGGCAACGUGCCAACAAAAUUCGGUAGAUUUCUUGAUCCAUCAGGACAUUCUAUCGAGAAUAACUCAGUCUAAUUCGAUAUAGAGAAAUCUAGGAUAUGUAAUUUUUUGGAACGCGCUUCCGACGUCGUGCGACAAAAGAAAAAUCUAUCCAGAAAAAGAGGGAAACAGUAUGUCUUCGAUAUAUGAAAAUAACGCUAUGCAAAUCCAAGGCCAACUCCAAGUCUAUGGGUAU